AUGCGGGCGCUGCACUUUGUCAUCAAGGUCGCCGACCGCACCGCCAGCGUCGCCUUCCUGCACAACGUGCUGGGCAUGCAUGCGCUGCGGCACGAGGAGUUCCAGGAAGGCUGCAAGGCCGCCUGCAACGGGCCCUACGACGGCAUGUGGUCCAAGACCAUGAUGGGCUAUGCUGCAGAGGACACCAGUUUUGUGCUGGAGCUGGCGUACAACUACGGCGUCAGCUUCUACAAGCACGGCAACGACUUUGGGUUCCUGAAGGUCCGCAACCGGGUGGCCUACGCCAGCCUGGAGGAGCAGGGGCUGGGGCAGGAGGUGGAGUUCAAUGUGCGGGAGGUGGCCUCCCCCGACGGCCACACUUUCCGCGUGCUGAACGAGGACCCCACAGACGUGGGCUGCCUCUCCUCCCUCUGCCUGGCCGUCACAGACAUCGACAAGUCCAUAGCCUUCUGGGCCGACGUGCUGGGCAUGCUGGAGAUCGACAAGGGCGACGACUUUGUUGUGCUGUCCAGCGGUGUGGACCAGGCCACCCUGCGCCUCGUGCAGCUGCCGGCAGGCACGCCCGUCGACCACGGCACUGGUGGCGGCCGCGUCGCCUACAGCUUCCCGGCAGCCGACCUCAAGCCGCUGCAGGUGCUGGCUCGUGGGUACACCGUGCUGACGCCUCUGGUCAGCCUGGACACGCCUGGCAAGGCCACGGUGCAGGUGGUGAUCCUGGCAGACCCAGAUGGACACGAGGUGUGCUUUGUCGGGGACGAGGCGUUCAGGGAGCUGUCGCGUGUGGAUGACAAUGCACCGCAGCUGCUGACCCAGGCCAUUGCAAAGGACACCAGCCGCGAGUGGAGGGCCGGGAAGCUCAAGCGGGAGCAGGCGGCAGCAGCGGCAGCACCCGCAGCGGCGCCGGCCGGCAAGGCGGCAGCACCGGCAGCGGCGCCGGCGGUGCCUCGAGCAGCAGAAAAGCCAGCGCCAGUAGCAGCAGCGACCAAAACGGCGGCACCAGCAGCCGGAGCCAGCAAAUAA